AAAGAAAACUCGGUGCGCGUCGGGAAGCUGUAAGAGCAGGUGAGUAAAGUGAAAAUAUGUCCGCGGUGAGCGCGCUGCCUUUCUUCAAACCCGUCCACGCGUCCGCGAGACAGCGGCGUCACACACUUCCGGCCAGUGAGUUCCGGUCCCUGAACACCGAGGACGCUGUCAGCGUGUUCGAGAUCGAGAGAGAGGCUUUCAUCUCAGUGUCUGGCGAGUGUCCGUUACACCUGGAUGAGGUGCGUCACUUCCUCACCCUCUGCCCCGAACUGUCCCUUGGAUGGUUCGUAGAAGGCAGGCUUGUCGCCUUCAUCAUUGGCUCACUGUGGGACCAGGAGCGUCUCACCACAGAAGCUCUGACGCUUCACAAACCUCAUGGCACCACCGUCCACAUGCACGUGCUGGCGGUGCACCGUACGUUCCGACAGCAGGGCCGUGGUUCCAUCCUGAUGUGGCGCUACUUGCAGUACCUGCGCUGUCUGCCGUACGUCCGCCGUGCUGUGCUCAUGUGCGAGGAUUUCCUCGUACCCUUCUACCAGAAGUCUGGCUUCAAGGUUCAGGGCCCAUGCGAGAUCACAGUCGGGCCGCUGACCUUCAUCGAGAUGCAUUACGCCGUGCGCGGCCACGCCUUCAUGCGCCGCAACAGUGGCUGCUGAGUUUACGCAGCUAACACUGCUCGUUUUCUUACCCCAGAUGCCAAAGCAAAGAAGAGUUGGGAGGCUUAUUCUGGUGGGGAAGUUUUGUCACAGCUUCUGCUUCGAGUCCAAGUUACGUCUGUGGUGUCUUAAGUGUUUGUCCACAUUUGUAAACAAAGUUGAUCGAGGAAGAAAAAAAAGGGGAGGAGAAGAAAGAAAAACCAACCAUCCACAUUUUUCACCUUUUGUAGCAGCUGGCUUGAUAUUUAUUGAUACAGUUUGAUCUUCAUUCCAUAUCUUGAAAAUAAUCCAGGAGAAUAUGGUUUUGUAUCCUUUAUUUUCUCAUUUCAGCACUUUUUUUUUGCUUUAUUUUACAUUGAGAAAUUUUGCUUUAUUUUCUAUCAUGCAUGUCUGUCAUUUUUAAAUAAACCUGUUCAUUAUCAGAAAGGAGGCAAUGGUGGGAGGUAAAAGAGGAACACACUGUGAAGGAAACACUACAAUUAUGAGUUCUCCACUCAUGAAAUGGUACAGUAUUGGGGUGGGUGAUAUGGUUAAAAAAAAAAAAAAAAGAAAAAGCUUGAUAAUUUAACACCUGAUCACGAACAGCAAGUUGUUACUAUGAAUAAUAGUGUUUGAAAAUUGCUGAUAUUCUCAAAAAAAAAAAAGUAACAAUUCAUUUCCAUAUCAGUAUUGUAUCGUCAUAUCGGCCAUCCCUACAUGGUGUGCAUGUGUGGUUAUAAACGGUCGCUCCGUCGUUAAGCUGUAGUGAUAUUUCAGCCUUGUUGUUGAGUGUCUUGUGGUUGCUCUAGAUGUUUGUUUUGUAGAUGAAUUAAAGCAGCAUUGACUCGACACCCUGCUACUGUGCUCUCUUCUAAUCGGAGACAAAAAAAAAUUAGCAAGUGCUCUGCGGAGGACAACACGAGGACAGGUUUCAAAUCCUGUCUCUGUGAAAGAUGUUUAGACCACAAGGAACUGGUUAGAAUAUCACCCCCACCCAAAAAAAAUAAAAAAAUCCUCAGAUCAAAAAGCCUUUGAAGAAACUCAGCAUAAAUAUUUAAUUGUAAUUUAAAAAAGUUAACCGAAAGAUUGCAAACAAAAGAAUUGCUUUGCAUAAGAUACAUUGAAUGUAAAUGAACACAGCAAAUCAUAUUUAGCUACAGCGUUUAGCUGUUGCCAAGGUGUAGCAUUGCAGGCGGGUUUGGUUCAGCACCAAGUAACUGUUCCUGGAAUCCAGUAUUCAGCUAAACGUGUCCAGUAUUUAUUAACCAUGACCCCCUGUAUUUUGGAGAUAAUUGCCUUUUGCAAUUAGACAUUACACCACCUUUGCCUCUGUGGAAGCUUGGCUAAAGAUCUCUCUGAUUUUGUACAUUUUGUAAAUAAAGAAGAAAUAAAAACCAUUUUUAUACACCA